AUGGAAGAUUUAACUUUAGCUCAAGGAGCCGUUUUGGUAAAAUCUUGUGAGGUUCCGAAGGAGUCUAUACCUAUAGUUGGUUAUGAUUUCAACGAAGGGAUUAAUUUUUCUAAUCUUAUGAAAUCCUAUUUAUCUACUGGCUUUCAAGCCUCAAAUUUAGCUUCUGCCAUAGAGAGAAUAAACAAUAUGCUCAGUGAGAGAGAGAAGGAUUUGCCGGAGGAUUGCUCUGAACCACUUUUUCCAUAUCCCGAAGGUAGAAAAAAAACUGGAUGCACCAUUUUUCUGGGAUAUACCUCAAAUUUAGUCAGCAGUGGUCUGCGAGAAGUGAUUCGAUUCGUGGUUCAGCAUAAUCUCGUUGACUGUAUCGUGACAAGUGCGGGUGGAAUAGAAGAAGAUUUGAUAAAGUGCUUACGACCUUCCUAUUUGGGUGAUUUUCAUUUGGAUGGAAAAAAAUUGAGAUCACAGGGAUUGAAUAGGGCUGGAAAUAUCCUCAUACCAAAUGACAAUUACUGCAGUUUCGAAGAUUGGCUUAAUCCCAUCCUUGAUGAAUGUCUCAAGGAACAACUAAAUGGAUAUGAGUGGACACCUUCCAAACUAAUUAAUCGCUUGGGAUCCGAGAUUAAAGAUGAGACUUCCAUCUUAUAUUGGGCUUCAAAACACAAAAUCCCUGUCUUUUGUCCUGCUCUUACAGAUGGGAGCUUAGGGGAUAUGCUAUAUUUUCAUUCUGUAAAAAAUUCUCCGGGGCUCAAAUUGGAUAUCGUCGAAGAUGUGCGACACAUCAACACUCUGUCAGUCAAAAGUCUUAAGACUGGAUCGAUAAUUCUGGGAGGGGGAGUAGUUAAACAUCACAUAAAUAAUGCGAACCUUAUGAGGAAUGGUUCUGAUUAUACAGUCUUCGUGAAUACAGGACAAGAGUUCGAUGGCUCUGACUCAGGUGCCAGACCUGAUGAAGCAGUAAGUUGGGGGAAAGUAAAGCCAACCUCCGAAGCAGUCAAAGUCUAUGCAGAAGCAACACUGGUAUUCCCAUUGAUCGUAGCGGAAACAUUCGCUAAGAAAGUUCAUAAAUCAUAG